UGGGUUUUCCUUACUGCUUGUAAAAGAAUCGAAAAUGUCAAAACUUCCGUUUUAAACUUUUUCAUUUUGUCACAAGAGACAUCAAAUUAAAAAUCUCUAUUCGUUUUGAUCGAUCUUGUCUACCUUUUUAAAUUACGUUUAGAUUCGGGACUUGGGGUGAAGAGUUGACACGACUCAGUGGCCGUUUGAAAGUUUAACCAAGCUCCGUUACGAUCAAACACUUUUCAAAGUUUAACGAAACAAUUUCUCGUUUUUUUGUUCCGUUGAAUUCGUUUCGAUUUUAAUUCAACUUGACAACUAAUUGGUGUUAGUGACAGUUACUCCUUUUGUCUAUUCACAAAAGUUCACUAUGGGUUGUGCGGUUAGCUCAACAACCGAUAAAGAAGCGGUUGAGCGGUCCAAGAAGAUUGACAAAGAUUUGAGGGCUGAUGGAGAAAGAGCUGCUCGUGAAGUCAAACUCCUGUUGCUUGGUGCUGGUGAAUCAGGCAAAAGUACAAUUGUGAAACAGAUGAAAAUCAUCCAUGAAACUGGAUAUUCAAAAGAAGAAUGUGAACAGUAUCGGCCAGUAGUUUAUAGUAACACAAUACAAAGUCUAAUGGCCAUCAUUCGUGCAAUGGGUCAACUCAGAAUCAACUUUGCAGAUUCCAGUAGAGCUGUGGAUGAUGCCAGGCUGUUUUUUACACUUGCCAGUGCUGCUGAUGAAGGAAUGCUUACCUAUGAUUUAGCUCAGGUUAUGAAACGGCUAUGGAUGGAUGGAGGAGUGCAGCAUUGCUUUUCUCGCUCCAGGGAAUACCAGCUGAACGAUUCAGCUGCCUAUUACCUCAAUGCCUUAGACCGUAUCUCAGCACCGAACUAUGUGCCUACGCAACAGGACGUCCUGAGAACAAGAGUGAAAACGACAGGCAUCAUUGAAACCCAUUUUUCAUUCAAAGGACUUCGUUUCAAAAUGUUUGAUGUUGGUGGGCAACGAUCAGAACGCAAAAAAUGGAUACACUGUUUCGAAGGUGUCACAGCCAUAAUCUUCUGUGUGGCAUUAUCAGGUUACGAUUUGGUGCUGGCAGAGGAUGAGGAAAUGAACCGGAUGAUUGAGUCGAUGAAGUUGUUUGACUCGAUAUGUAACAACAAGUGGUUUGUGGAGACUUCGAUCAUCCUGUUCCUCAACAAGAAAGAUCUCUUUGAGGAGAAAAUAACAAAAUCAUCUCUUACCAUCUGCUUUCCUGAAUACCAAGGUAAUAACACUUACGAGGAAGGUGCCGCGUACAUUCAAAUGAAGUUUGAAAGUUUAAAUAAGCGACGUGACCAGAAGGAAAUUUACACGCACUUUACCUGUGCCACCGACACCAGUAACAUCCAAUUUGUAUUUGACGCCGUCACGGAUGUGGUGAUCAAGAACAAUCUUAAGGACUGUGGUCUUUUCUGAUUGACUGGGUGCCAGUGCAUAUCAUCCCAGCUCUCUCUUACUCUUACUCUCUCUUUAUGAUUUGUCUUGGAUACCACAACUUAGUCUGAAAUAUCAUUUGUACUGUACGUUCAUCGUCGACCCCCGUCUAAAAAAAAACACAAACAAAAUGCGCAACACUAAUUUUGCUGUAAACUCCCACUCCCGUUGCGCUGGCCAUCACGCACAUUGCUUUCUUCUCCUCGAUCGACUCAAUUUAAUCUGUUGAUAUUUUAUUUUUGAAUUUUCCCCCCCCUUGAGCAAUGAUAUUGACUAAUAUCCUUCAAGCAAAGAAGAAACCAACAAAAUAGCUCAACCACUCUUUGAUUGCCAUAUUAAAACAAAAGAACACACAACUUUUCGAUUACCUUCCUUUUUUAAAACCAAAUUCUCCUGCCGUUUGGACGCAUUCGAAAACUCGCCGUUUGUUAAAUGUCGCACAAACCUCUUUCCUUAUGAACGUCUAGUAGUCUGAUUCUUUCGCCAACCAGAGAAAACAAAAGACUCUUGCGUGACCCGCUAUUUUUACAAUCCUCUUCUUCCUGCCUAUGCGGACCAUCAAUAUAUUUUUUCUUGUUUUGUUUGGAACUUGUUAAUCUACCGACUUAACAUUCCUCCACAUGCCUGGCCUUUGCUAUCCAUUCAACGUGCUCCUUCUUAUCUUUCCGGCUUUUCUCUUUGUGUGGUGUGCAUCAAAUAAUUUUCCUUUUGCCACAUGCUCAACCACGUGACUCGUUUCUAUCUCGUUCUAGGAAACAAAGACAAAAUUUGAUACUCGGUCGUUGAUUGAUCGAUGGAUAAUUAUUUUAAAAAUUUGCUUGGUCUUUAAAAAAUUAUUGUUGUCUCAUCUCUUCCGUCUCUUUCUCUCCAGCCUGGCAUGUCUUCCAAUUUGGCCUGAUGUAUCGCUCGAUAAUGCCGAGUAUUCUUAUAUAUUAAAAACGAUUUCCCCCAAGACCUGUCCUUAACUCCCACUCUGAAUGAGUCUUCUUCUUUUCUUCGUUCUAUUGUGUGUGCGUGUUUCCAUAUUUUGACUAUCUCCCAACUUUUUUUUUUUUUUAAGUGUACGCCAAAAGGGGACGACGGAGUUAUGACAGCGGUUCUCUUUUUUUUUUAACGAUUUCUAUCGUCUUCCCCGAUAUAUUGUGUAUAUGGUAUCAAUACAACUUGCAUGCAAGCUGUC